CUCACAUCACCGGAUGGAUCCAGUAAUGGGAACCCACCAGAGAGAUGUCCCCGUCCUCUGUAUUCCCGGGAUUCCACAAUGGAAGAUGAAGAGAUCCCUCACCAUGAUCAGGGUAAUGACCUGGUUGUUGUGAAAGUUAAAAUUAAAGAGGAAGAAGAAGAGAUGUUGGUGAGUGGAGAUCAGCAGUCUAUGGAGGAGGGGAAGACGAUUAUGAAAACUAAACAGGAGGAAUCUUCUCUAGGUAUUGGCACAGAUGGUCGCUAUGUAGGAAAUACAUCAAAGGGAGGUCCUAUUUCAUAUCGAAUUUUUAAAGCUGAAAAUAAUGACAUCAGGCAAAAUUCUCCAGAAUUGAAUACCAUAACCGAGAACCCUCCUCAGAGGCCUUAUGGCUUGGAGACAUCAAAGGAUCCCACUAAUCCUGAGGAGUCUUCUAAAAAAUCAGAUACUUUGACUUCAGAUACCCGCUCGACACUUCACACUGCAGAUAGACCAACGAAUCCACCCAAGGAAUCUUCUCAAAGCCAAGAAGGACUUCACACGGGGGAGAGCUCAUUGUCAUGCUUGGGUUGCGGGAAAUCCUUUAAGACUAAUUCUGAACUUCUUAUCCAUCUCAGAUCCCACACCAAGGUGACCAUUCUAUGUCCGGAAUGCGGGAAAUCUUUUACCGAUAAAAAAGUAUUCAAUGAUCACCAGAAAAUUCACACAGGUGAGACUCCUUUCUCAUGUUCAGAGUGCGGGAAAUAUUUCACUUGGAAAGGAAACCUUAUUACACACCAGAGGAUUCACAGGGGUGAGCGUCCGUAUUCAUGUUCAAAGUGCGGGAGAUCUUUCACUCAGAAAGGACAUCUAAUUAGACAUCAGAAAACACACUCCUGCUGAUGCUGCUGACAAUUGUACGAUGAUUUUUUUUUUACUGGAUAAUGUGUUCAGUCCAUACAACAACUGUAUAAUAAAAUCUUACUUUUUAAGGGGGUACCUCCCUGCACAAGUGAUAUUCAUUGACAUUCAUUGGCUUCUUCUGUUCUGGACUGUCCAGUUGGGAUCUCUGCCUUUUACAGUUCCUGGCUCUGUUCCUGCACACCAUGGGGUCUGUUUCUAGGCUUUUCUUGUCAGCCAUGUUGACUCUGCCUUCCAUAUUAAUUAUUCACUUCCAUGGUAUAUAUACAAUGUCAGUGAUGAGUGCCUCUACAGUCUGUCCGAUGUUAUCCUACAUCAUCUGGAGAGAGAAACCUAGUCUUACUAAUGUACUAAAAAAUUCUGUAUUAAUAAACCAGUUGGGCGUGCC